UAAAUAGAUGGAGGGAGGGGUGAAAGAAGGAAGGAAGGACAGAAAUGGUGGCGAUAUCAGUGUACAAAGGCAAACUCCACCGUGCCCCAAACACCCACCGUGAAUGGCUCAUGCCCACCCCCAAAAUCUCCCUCAAGGAUUUCAAAACCCUCCUCAACCGCCGUGCCAGGGCCCUCCAAUCCACCUCUAACCCUAACCCUAACACCCAAUCCCCCAAUUCCAAACCUGUCGAAAACGGGUCCACACCUCACCAUCAUGAUUGGUCCCUCAUACCUACUGAUGCUGUCUUACCGGAAAUUGACUCCAACACUGCCCCUCUUCAUCAGGAAGAUCAACUACUUGCGCCCCCUAAAGAGGAUUCUUUAAACGGCAAAGAAGAAAGGAAGAAAGAGGUAGAAGACAAGUUGAAAAUCUUGAAUGAAAGGAAGCAUAAACUGGUACAAGUGUUGAAACAGAUCUUAAAUGCUGAAGAGGAACUGCGAAGACGAAGUAAUGUGCAGGGAAUUACAGGCCGCCCAUCUGUAUCUCUCCAAGUGGACGUCACAAAUGACUCUGGUUCAAUGAGUAGACAUGUCACUCCCCGACCUGCUUCAGAAGGUGCUGAUGUCGGUGGAGCAGACGCUGACAAUAUGCAUCCCCGUAAUAUGACGAGAAUGAGCAGCAUGUCACCGUCUUCAGAUUCUCUUCCUAGGAGGGCCCCCUUCAGUAUGGUACCAAACUCGUCACGUGGGAUUGUUGCUAGUAGUCCAUCACGCUUUGCUCCUGGUUCGAAUGGUCAACCACAAAGCAGUAAUCUGCCAAGUGUAUCUGUAACGGGAACAAACUAUGUUGCCUCGUCUCCUUCACUUUCCCCAUCACCUUCACCAGCUGGAUCAGGUGGCACUUCAGUCUUCCGGGAUGCUAUUGCCAGUCCAUGGAACUAGAGUACUCUUGCUAUUAUGUCAAACUUCCCACCUUUUUCUAUAUUGACUGUCUAAAAGCUUUGUAAAUGUACAAGUUUCCAUGCUUCAUGCUUAGGAUAUGAAAACAUGAAUCUUUUUUUUUUU